AUGCGUAGGAGGCGGGCAGGCCCAGUCCUACAACCGACCACUUCGUCCGGCACCACAAGCUCAAGUGCUUGGAGGAUGACCCUCGCCGCGCCCACCUCGGUGCGCAACCGAACUGCGGAGUUCGCCACAAUUCUGGAUGCUGCCCGAGCUGCGUCCACACCAGGCAAUAAGCCACCUCCAAAAGUUCCCAGUGUGCAUCUAGCGCCACGCUCCGAAUUCACGCGUCUCGCAGCCCAUGUCGGCAAAGACAUCCAGGGAACUUCCGUAAAGCUUGCAGAGCUUACGAAGCUCGCGCAGAGGCGUUCCUUAUUCAAUGACCCUACCGCAGAAAUUUCAGAACUUACGUAUGUCAUCAAGCAAGAUAUUGCAGCCCUCAACGGAAAGCUCGCGGAUUUACAGCGAUUGCGAGAUGCCACCAAACGCUCCGCGAACAAGCACGCGGGUGAUCAUUCUGAGAAUGUUGUUGAUUCGUUGAAGGGGAGGCUAGGUGCAACCGCUGAGGGAUUUAAGAAGGUAUUGAAGAUGCGAACAGAUAGCCUGGCAGCGCAGCAAGAUCGCCGCUCUCACUUCAUGGGGGCAAAUCAGCCGUCUGCUCCAAUGUUUACACAGCCUGCCGGAAAUGUCGCGCUAGACCUAGGGCAAGGCUCCCUCGGCGCAGCGGCCAGUGGAAGCACCGGUCAUGCAGGUACCGCUGGUACCACACAACAUCUAUCCUUGAUGCGAAGACCAGGGGAAACAACAUACCAAGACGCGAGAGCAGAUGCUGUCCGUCAAGUAGAAAGUACGAUUGUUGAGCUUGGGCAAAUAUUCAACCAGCUUGCCACCAUGGUCUCGGAACAAGGUGAACUCGUUGAGCGAAUUGACGCAAAUGUUGAGGAGACUGUCACUCACAUGGACGCUGGUCAGAAUCAGCUAAUGUUGUAUUACAAUAGUAUUGCGGGAAAUCGUGCACUGAUACUCAAAGUAUUCGGGGUUUUGUUAGCGUUCUUAGUUCUUUGGACCGUAAUUCUAUAGCGCGACCCGAUGCGAUAAAGGAGAACGUAUUCA